UCUGCUCUCUCCAGCCACCUUCCAAGCCUGAAGAUCUGUGACCCCAGCAUGAGGACCCUCGCCCUCCUCGCUGCCCUUCUCCUGGUGACCCUCCAGGCCCAGGCUGGGCCCCUGCAAGAGAGAGAUGAGGAGAUCCCACCCCAGGAGCUGCCUUGGGCAGAGGACCCGGAUGUGGCCAUCACCAUUGCAGGGGACAAGAGCUCAGGUGUCCCAUUUGCAGGCUCAACCAGGGGCUUUGUCUGCUACUGCAGAAGACCAGCCUGUCGUUUUCCGGACCGCGUCUAUGGGUACUGCCUCUACCGUGGUGUCCGCUACGCAUUCUGCUGCAGCUGA